AGAUUUUCCUACAUGGUCACAAGAUUUCGCAAUACUCCCAGGCGCCGCUUUACCAAACAAUAAUACCUCAACCUGUGCUUAUUUUUCCGUGAACAAAGAGGACAUUAUUCUUUAUUAACGCAAGUGGAUAACUUAUAAGCCUCGAGCGUUUUCAAGGUAAGUUGUCUGGUUUUGGGGCAUUCAGCUUCUCACAAUACCAGCUUACACCAACUCCAGCUCUGCGAAGUCCAACAACUCAGGUCGGUGAGGGAGAGAGAAAGAAAGUGGAAGUGGAUCCAAAUGAGCAAGCAGUUGCAACAGAAGAUAUCCAGCACAGAUCAGAACGGUGUUAGUGUUAUACAGAAUCAGCCACAUAAUAGUGCACUGAACCCGGCUGGAACUGCAGGACUACAGCAGGUUCCUCAAUUAGUUCCAGUGAGUCCCGGAGGUGGGGGUAAGGCAACACCACCCAGCAAGAUGAAGAAGUCCUCUAUGGAUAAAAACAGUGAUGAGUACCGCCAACGGAGAGAACGCAACAACCUGGCCGUAAAGAAGAGCCGCAUGCGCAGCAAGCAGAAGGCACAGGACACCCAACAGCGUGUCAAUGAGCUGAAGGAAGAGAAUGAGAGACUGGAGGCCAAAAUCAAAUUGCUUAGCAAAGAAUUGAGUGUGCUCAAAGACCUGUUUCUAGAGCAUGCUCACAACCUCGCAGACAACGUGCAGCCCCCUCCUUCUGGUGGAGGCCCCGGAGACCUCUGCAACAACAACAACAACAGUGGCAGUAACAGCAGCCAGUGAGGGCCUGAUGUUGGUUUGCAGUGUGCUCUGCUGUGGGCUGUGUGGAGGCUCUCUAGGCAAAUCAUUUUACUUAAUCGUAUUAUGCUUUUCCCCUCCCGUUCCUGGAAUGUGUACUGUUCACGAUGUUUAACUUGUGCGUCUUCAGUCUGUACACUCAAAUUCGGUUUCCUUUUUCACUCGUAUUAUAUCUCAUGCAGAAUGUUACGAUCGCCAUAGCAACCGCAGAAAGUUCAACCCACGCUCUUGAUUUGAUGUGCAGGAGAUAAUUGUAAUAUCUGCCCUCCAUUCGUAAAGCAGCACGUCUCAGUGUCUUGAAACUUUGCAGUGUUUUGGAGGACUGUGAAAGCUCCUCAAGAGAGAAUUUUGAAAUCUGGCCAAAGCAGGUCACGGAGAUUUAACAGUUAAUAUAAGAAGAGUAAAUGUGUUCCGUCACUCCACUCUAAUGUCGGUAGAAAGGAUUGAGAAAUGUAAAUAAUAGACAGUACUGUAGUUGGUUAACAUCAUUAUGAGUUGGAAUUGAGUAAGGAAGAUCUUCAACUGCAAAGAGUACCUAUUUUGUCAGCAUGGGUU